CAGAGAUGGCCGUAGUACCGACCUAACGAGACUAGAUCUCAGGGCGACGUCAUGCCAGCAAGAGCUGCUGCUGGGAGCUACGGUGCACAGAUCUAAAGUUGCUCUCGUUGUGAGACAAGUCGUACCAAGUAACGAGAAUCAAUCAAGUCAGUAUGAGUUUUCAAAAUUGGACCGAGUUCCUCUACGAGCUGAACCUUCUGACGCUCCAACAAGUCUGAAACAUACAAACACUAAUGAAACUGCGUCAGCGCUGAAUGUAAAACUGAAGAAACUGUGUUCAGAUGUUUCUUCUGGAGAUGUUUUCGAUAUGCUAAACUUUGAAUUGCCUUUAUUGUAUCCUGAGGUUGUCUCUUAUAUUGAAACCUUGUCGGAAUAUCAGCCGUUGAUGGAUAUAUAUGAAGAAAUCGAAGCUGGAACAUUUUGCGACGAUAACCUAGGCAACCGGCGUGUAAAAAAUUUCUUCACAUCAGCUCUACGCGACUCCACCUCUGCAGCAUCAGCAUCGGCAGUGUGUAGGCUCUCGCUGCAACGAGUCCAGAAAUCAUACGCAACUAAUGCUAUUCCUACGGAUUCAUUUGGCGAUAUCUGGGACACCUCGAUGUCUGUGUUGGCUCAUAAGAACGCGCCAGCCUGGAGCGACGCUUUGAUUUGCGUUCAACUGCUUGACUAUCCACAAUGGCAAGAUCAGGUCUUACAGAUCAUGCCUCUAGUCCGCAAAUCUCUACAUGAAACCUGCGGAUCCAGUGAACAUCCAUCGUCUGUACCAACGUCCUGUAUUACUGAAAGCUUAUUCACAUCACAAAAUAGAAGUUCAGGGAGUUCUUUUAUGCCGUCAUUUCAUUCUCAGUUUCAUGGUUAUUCUCAUUUGAACACUGAUUCAUCAAGACCAGAACUAGAUUCACUACGUGUUCACCUAAGGAUCUUAGAACGUGAUUAUGCCUCCAUUCAUGCCUCCUCUGGAGUUCAGGAUUCAUCCAUUCGGCUCCGCUAUGGAAAUUGUGCUGAUGGCGUAUUUCAAGUGACGAAGAAGCUCGUCGAUAAAAUUAAAAAUUGUGCUUCGGAGAAUGAAACGACAAUUCAAGAGUAUUUCCACGCUUUACGAGGCCUGGAAUCGUUGCGUAUACUAACUGAGUCGUCUGAAUCUGCCGUGCAUCGCUGCAUUGCGCCGCGGUCCCGCCGCUCGCCUGAGUCUGAGAUGCUACGAGUUGCCGCCGUCGAGACUCUGGCUGUCCAGCCUUGUUCACCCAGGUCUACAUUGACGUUGACGAAGUUGAUUUGGGAUAGCACGGAAUCUUCAGAACUGCGCAUAGCGAGCUACCUCAGCCUGCUGGCAUGUGAUGCUGACGCCGCUGCUGCCGUCCUCGACAAAAUCCAUCUCAUUGAUGAUGCAAAUGUGUUAUCGUACAUGAAGUCUCGACACCAUCACCGUGACAAGCAUCGUCACCACCACCACCACCACACGUCCCCGAUCCCUUCUCUAUUCCAAGAAAUAUCACAGAGGCUUCGUUUGUACGCACCUGCAAUUCUGAGGGACCAUCUUCCACUGGAUGCUGGAGUUUGGAAAAACUUGGAUAUUUUCCACCUCCUCGAUUUGCUGAGUGAGGAAUUCAAGAUGGAUGCUGACAUUAUUUAUGACGGCGGAUUCUUGCCUAAGAAAAUUGGCUUGGAAUUUCUUGGUAGAUUCUGGCGGAGAUUCGGGCAGAAUAUAAAAUUGGGAAUGCGUCUGGAAAACUUCGAAGGAUUCGUGCAGUCUCUCCUCCACACGAAACUUUCAACAUCCCCCAGCUCUGUGUGGCAGAUGAAGCUUUUAGAGAUAUUCAAGAACACAGCUUUGAAUUUUAUUGGCGAUUUUAUUCAAAAUAAUGAUCUCAAAUUUAAUGCGACCGAAAAUUCAAUAAAUACUGGCACCGAAGAAUCUAACAUUUUUGAACGAAAUGAAAAAAAUAAAAAACAGGAUUCUGAUUCAGCCACUGACGAUAUAGAGACGAAUCAAAAUUUCUUUACUAACGCGGGAAGUAGAGCAGGAUCUUCCAGCGACAGCGGAGAAAAAAAUUAUUUUGAUUCACGUUCUCGCAGAAGCUUUACAAUUUCCGACUUGCAAGAUAUGAUGGGUUCGCUCUUCAGCCAUAAGCAGACGCCCACAGCCAUAUGGCUGUGGCUUAGACACGGCGGGGAUUUACGAUGGAAUAAGAAUUUUGCCUUCACGUUGAACGAUAUUCGAUUGUCCUUGCGUUUAUGGCUGGAAACUCAUGCAGAAGACCUCUUGAAAUCUCUUCUAAAUAACGAGGAACUUUUUUCAAGUUUCGUCCUACCACUGAGCCAUGUUCCUGCCAAACUCCACCCCAUUGCGGGACCCCCACUUCACCUCCGCAGCCACGAAGGUCUCAUCUUCGACGGGCGCAUGCGCGCGGGACUUCAUAUCUUCAGUGCUCUUUGGGAUAGCAAGAAGAAAUUGUCUGGAGGGACCAGAUUCAGCGUGAGCUCCUACCGCCAUCUUUCGGUGCUCACUGAGACACAGCGGGACUCAAUCUGGCAGCCAUUGCCCGGCACUCAAAUCGCAUGGGGCUCAUCUCUGAACAAGCCUCUGCGAGCAGCCCUGGACGCUCAUUUCGAGCUAACUAUUGAGAACUCCGCAAGCUUGUCGCUCUCACUGCACCAUGAGCCGGCCGUGAACAUGGCCUCGGCUACGGUGUUUAAUUCUGGUGCGGUCACGUCUUCAGUCCUCCUCGCUCAGACAACUCAAGACACUGGAGAAUCGGCUAAACUGACACUCAUGAUAUUUGAACAGCAUUUCUGA